AUGGCAGAGCCUUCACCUAGCACCAAUGCUGGUCCAAACACUGCGGUCAUUCAUGAUGAUCCAGAUUCCGAUGACGAUGAGGUGCUCGAUAUUGGCAAAGUCUUGAGACAAAAGGCCAACAGUUCGAAGCCUUCUACGACCAGAGCAACAUUGGACCCCCCGCCCCCUGGUAGUUUGGCCGCAGAAGCACAAGCAAGACCUGUCCCGGAGACGCCAGCCAAAAAACGAGGGUUGGGAUGGCUGGAUGAGAGCCCCAUCACUCCAGCCGUGGGCAUAAACACUACCACAGACACGCCGGUCACAGUCCCACACCAAACGCAGAGCGCUCAUCGGCAGGCCAUUCCGUAUCGGGCUUCAGUGACCUCGCCAGAGGCCCAGCGUGAGCAUAACAGGUCCAAUAGAAGCAAGGAAGAGAGAGAGCGUGAAAGACUCCAGACACUUGAAAAGCUCAACGCCAAACGCCAGGCUACCAAGACUCGGGCGUCUGAUGAUGGGAGAUCUCAGGGGGGCCACCCUAGCUCCUCAAGGCUGCCGGUUGUUGAUCUGAGGACGCCGUCUGCCAGUAAGGUGCCUUCUGUGGCAGAUACGAGCUCAUCUCGCCGUUCACGGGCUAAACUGGAGGAAAGAAGGCGGAGAAAGGAGAUGGAAAAGGCUACUCGCGAAGCCAAGCGAUCUCGUCAGAAAUCAACGCCAUCUCAACCGAUUCCAUCUACACCUCCACCUCCGCCCCCUACCUUUCAAACCGCGGAGCCCCGAGCCGUUGAUAGAGAGAUAUCAAGGGCAAUCCGACACACUCCAAUCACUGUGGGUGACGCUGCCGAGAGGAGACCGAAUGAAAUCAAAGCCCACGGAGCAGAGGCCUACCGGAGCGGUGCGAAUAGGGGGACAUUGACAGUUGAUUCCCUGGAAGAGACAGCAACCACGGGCGCUGAUGAGGCUGUCUUCGUCCUGGCAAAGAGGCAUGCCGAAGCUGAAGCUCGGAAGCCAAAGACCCGUGUUGUUACCGGGAUGGAAAGUGGUGAUGUUCAACGGGAUGCUCGGCCUUAUGGCGUUUCUCGGGAUCAACCUGCUUCUGCCGGGCCCAGUCGGCUUCAGCAGCCACGUAAUCAAGGUACUGGAGCUAUCACCACACCAACUCGUGGCCGGAAGUGUGAUCGCUGCACCAGGAUGAAGAGGCCAUGCACCUUUGGACAGCCCUGUUCGUGGUGUCAGAUCGCUGACGUACAGUGCGUCUACUUUUCGAACGUUGGCACACUGGAUCUACAGCCAGCUGAGCGUCCUGAGAGACCAGAGACAGAGAGUUUUGUUGAUAAACAGUAUCGACUAUCUUUGCCUCAACCUGGGUUCCAGGAAUCUCAACCUAUUAGCAUGCCACCACCGCCUCCACGUCCUCCUCCGCCACGUCCCAGGAGUUCGAGUUGUUCCCCUCCUCCUGAGCCUAAAUCUCCUGCCAUUGACGCCGUUUCUGCCAUUGACGUCUUUGGCGAAGACAUAAUAGUUUAUCAAUACGUCGUCUACAGGACUCAGAAACUCCCUGUUGUUGAGGGGGAGGAAGAUCCGGAGGAGAAGAGGGGAGACUAUGCUAUCCGGUGUAGUGAGCACAGCAAGUUGGCCGAUGCUAAUAGGCAGGUUGAGGUGCGGAUGCAGAGGCCGAAGAAGGGGGUUGUGGCAAAAGGUUGGAAGUACAGGCCUGGGUUAGAUGAGGCGCAGAGACCUGGGUUGAUGGAUGUGAGGGUUGAUUAUGGGAAGGAAGGGGGGGUGGAGUUUUUCUGGGUGGAGGUCGAGACGAGGGAUUUGGCGGGGGUGGUGGAGGUUAGGGGUGGUAGGGGGGGGGGGGAGUUGAUGGUUGAGAGGGUGGCUGGGGAGGUUUAUAGGAGGUGGAGGUUUGAUGUUUGGGGGGUUGUGGUCGUUAAGAGGGAGGAUUUGGCGGUGAGGAAGAGGGAGCAGAGGUUGGUUUUUGAUUGUAGUGGGGUGGAGGAUAGGGGGGUGCAGACUGGUGAGGAGAUGGAAGUGGACGAUGAGGUGGAGGUGGAGGAAGAAGUUGGGGUUGAAGAGAACGUCGUGGUGGAAGAGGACGUCGAGAUGACCAACUUUGGUGACGGGAUGGAAGAAGAGACACCAAUCGAAGCAGCCGGAGAAUCUCAACUGACAGGCACAACACAAGCCGAUACCCAAAACACUACCGAUGCAGCACCAAAGAGAGACCUCCCCAACUGGCACCCCGACUACGACGCCGAUUCCGACGAGUCAGACGACGACGACGACGACGACGACGACGAUGACGAUGACGAAGACCAUGUCUCCCCGUUCGAGCGUAACCCACCUUACAACCCACCCACCCCCGUCAUCCUCCCACCCCAAACCAACGUCCUCGUCCUCUUGACCGUCACGCCCACCCUCCACGGUAGCUACACCAACCCCCACCGUGCCAACAUCGCCGCACUGCGAGUCCUCCUGUCUGAAGCCAGGCCGAGAAACAACUACAUGAACGACAACAUCCACUACAGCUCCGUCUUCAAGCCCACCCAGAUGCUCCAGUUCGAGGAAGACGGUCUGGAUCAAGAGAUGACGAGGGCUCUGUUCAACGUCACGUGGCGCCCACCGGGUGACACACCCACUGAGAAGUACAAGUGGGAGUUUGAGGAGUUGAGGGUGUGGGUUACGGAGACGGAGUUGAAGGGGGCUAUUGAUUUGAGUGAUUUUGUGGUCAGGGAUGGGGAGGGGGAUGGGUGGGUAGUUAGGAAGGGGAAGAAGAAGGCUGUGGCUGAGGAAGUUGAAAAUGGGGUUGAGAAUAGGGUGGAGCAGGUGGUUGAGGAGGUGGAGGGGGAGGCGUCAGAGGAGGAGUAA